CCCCCCACACACACACACUUUCACAGAUAGGGAGAAUAUUCCUUUUCAUGGUUUCUUUGGAGCCAGACUUUUGUCAAUACCAUUUUGUGUCCUCAGCCCCUUAGACACUGGUGAAACUUAAUCUUUUUUUUUUUGUAUUCAUAAUUAAAGGAAAUGCUAAAUUUCAAUUAUAGGUUAGUGAAAAUAAAGACAAGAUUCCCCCCCCCACACACACAGAUCCCUUAAAAAUCCAUCCAUGGAUCCUAGGUCAAGAACGCCCUUGCUUUGGAGAAUUGCAUUCUCCCUGCAGUGGAGGUCCACACACCCGAUAGCACAUAUUAUUCACGGAGGACAGAGAAGGUAAGGCAGUUGUGUACCAUGCUGCCUUCUACUGGUUAUUGCCUCCGACAGUAAAAGAAUGCCAGGAACAUUUGCCUUCCUUUCAUAUGUGGAAAGGAAUGAGCGAUGCUUCCCUUGCAGACAGUAAUGGAUCUACAUGUCUAACUAGUCCAAAGAAGUUUGUUGGCAUGAUGGUGAAUCACUUACCUCGUAGAAAAGACUGAAUUGGUUUCACUGAAUUUGUGGUCUUGUACAUAGAUAUCUUGAAAAAACAUUCUGACUAGGGCCCGGGAUAGCGGCCGAGGCGCGAGGAGCCCGCGGAAGCAUGGAGGAAGGCGGCUGCGGCGCGGAGCCCCCCAGAAGCGGCGCGGAGCCCCCCAGAAGCGGCGCCCCCGCAGCGCACGGCCGCGGGGCGCGGUACUCGGAGGCCUGGGAGUACUUCCACCUGGCGCGGGCCCGCCCGGGCCUCCCCGGCGGCCAGUGCGCCACGUGCCGGCUGUGCGGGAGGCGGGUCAGCCGGGGCCCGGGCUGCGGCGUGGGCACGGCGGCGCUGUGGAAGCACCUGAGGAGCGCGCACCGGCCGGAGCUGGAGCGGAGCGGGCCCGGACGCACCUGCGGGCCCGGACGCACCUGCGGGCCCCGCGCCGAGGCCCCGCCCGGCGCGGAGGGGGCCUGGGGCCGCCUGGCGGAGCAGGUGGGCGCGCUGGCGCUGCGGGCCAGCCGGCGGGAGAGGGAGCUGGAGGAGCGCGAGAGGGCCGUGCAGAGCAGAGAGCGGCUUCUGGAACUAAGGAGAAGGGCGCUGGAGCAGGAGGAGAAGGAGCUGUCGGAGGAGAGGCAGGCGCUGCAGGCCGAGAGGCAGGCGCUGCAGGCCGAGAGGCAGGCGCUGCAGGCCGAGAGGCAGGCGCUGCAGGCCGAGAGGCAGGCCCUGCGCGCGCGGCUCCUGCUGGUGAGCCAGCGGGAGAGCGCGCUGGCCCUGGCCGCCGCCGCCGCCGCCCCUCUGGCCGCCCUCGGGGAGGAGGCGCGGGAGGACCGGGCCCAGGGCUGCUUGCUCCCCAGAGCCCUUUUCUAGCCCGAGCUCACCUCGGGGCAGGGCCCUGGUCCCUUCCCGCGUCCGCCCCCGCCUCCUUCCCCGCCGCUGCUGGUG